AUGGAAAAGCAACAAUUUGAUGAGGAGAGAGGAAAAAAGGACGAAGAAAUUAUAGCCAAAUUAACGAUACUAAAGAUAUCCUCUGUGAUCAAAAAUGGAGAUGUAUCAAAUUGCAGAGAACUAAUUUUAAAAAACAGAAACAUAGAAGAAUGUGAAGAAUUAUAUCAAAUGAAAAAUUUGCAAAAAAUUGACUUGAGUGAAAACAAAAUAAAAGAUAUGUCGAUGCUUGAAAUGAAUUUAAAUUUACAACAAAUCAUUUUACAACACAAUUUAAUAGACAACAUAAAUUACCUAAGCAACAUAACCAACUUAGUGUACCUAAAUUUGUCAAACAAUAAAAUCAAAAUAAUGGAUGGCGUGUGCGAAUUGAAAAAUUUGAAAACGUUAAUAUUAGCAUAUAACGAGAUUGAGAAAGUUCCCAAUUUAGCAAAUCUUCAAAAUUUGGAGACCCUCAUUUUAAAAAACAAUAAAAUUGAAACGCUUGCAAAACCGACCAAAGUUAUGACACACUUAAAAAAAAUCUCUCUCUCUUUUAACAAAAUGAGAGAAUUUUGUUUUGGUUCCCAUUUUUCAAGUGUACAAGAGUUACGAUUAAACAAUAACAAAUUAACACAUGUCCAGCGGGAUGUCGUAUACAUGACCGCGUUAAAACAGCUUUAUAUACAAAAUAAUUUCAUUAUGGACGCAGCAAUUUUAAGCCAUUUAUGUGAACUGAAUUAUUUAAAAAAUAUUGUCAUUUCGGAGAACCCCUUUUUUAAAAACAUGAACAUUGAAUUGUUAAAUAAAUUUAUUCAAAUGUGUAAAAAGAAUUUAACGACCAUUAAUUCGGUAACAAUUCCACCUAGUAGAAAAUUUCACAGCUUCCUCUUCGACCACGCAAAUGAUAUAGCUGCUAAGCAGCAGAACCACCGUCGCAAUGGUCAUGAGUCCAAAGCCGGGGGAGGCCCUACUCAAAUGUAUGCCAAAAGGGACGACGCUCACAUGGGGAGAAACAACCUGCACAUCCGCAAAGGGGAUUGGAAGAAAAAAGGAAAAAAAGACUCUUUCAGAUUUCUACAAAGCUUGACAACCAACGAUUUAAAUAAAAUAAUAACGGAAAAGGAUUUUUCUUUAUACAAAAAUGUCCCAAAAAAUGUACUAUCCAGCCUGGAUGAUACAAGUGCGUAUCAACUGUGUGGCCAUAAUGUAAACCACAAAAAAUGGACGAAGGGAUUGCCUUCCCUAUUUUUACACAACAAUGGCAAAAUAUUGGCUGACUGUUUUCUAUACAAUGUAAAAUAUACUCAUGAAGAAAAUAUCUUUAGCCUCUUUUACAUGGAUUGCAAUAUCAAAGCAUGCAGAAUGUUGCUCAGCAUAUUGGAAAAGCGCAAGCUCGCAUGUGAUGUUCACUUUAGCCAGAUGUCCAACAUCGCGGUUUAUCAGCUCCUGCCAAGUGCUUGUGUCCUCCAGGGGGGAAUUUCCAAAGUCGACGCUGUGGGCAUCGAUGGAGAUACCGCUACCAAAGUGAAGGACGAACUUUCUACUCUUUCCAAUGACCCAGGAAUAUUCCUCUUGUCCAAGGAUGCAAGAAAUGAUCACUUAGGAUAUAGAAUGUACCAAAUGAAGAGGGAGGGGCAGAAGCUGAUAGACGAGAAAAGGGACAAAGGGGAAAGCAUAAUCAUGACAACAGAUUUUGUGCAUUCCCCCUUGAGUAAAACGCCCAGUGAGGGGAUCGACCAGAUUAGCAGCGAGAAUAAAAAGGAACCCUGCGAAAUGCUUCUCAGCUUUGUAAAGGAGGAAAAGGUAAACUUGCCCGCCACUUUCAUGUAUGACUAUAUGAAGCUGAAUUUAGGAGUCGUCGAAAAUUUGUAUUCAAACGAUCCGCUUUUUGGGGAUGUCACGGAGGAAGUCGCAAGCGAUUCGCAUGUUUCGACUGUUUAUGGUGGGCCCAGUGCGUCCGAUACAGCAAAUGGCGCAAAGGGCAACAUGGACAGGGACUCGUUCAAAUAUAAAGACCUCUCCCCCUUCGACCUCAACUACGAUAAGUUAAACUAUUUGGCCAAAGACAAAGGAUGCUACGUAGGCCAAGAAGCAAUAAACAGAACAAGGAACGAAAUAUUUAUAAAUAAGUACCAACUGACCAUGUGUGUAAACUACGACUACCUCGAUAUGUUUCUGGAGAAUUGCGACAGUUUAAACAAAACUAUUUUGGCUGAUUCGUUUUUUCAAAAAUACAUAAAACGCAUUAAUGAUAGGAGUUUAUUGAAGCCAACUUUUUUUUUGUUGAAAAAUGCAUCCAGAAAUUUGGAACGUGCCAUUAACUAUGAACAACAAUUUAACGUAAUUGUUCAGAAGGGUUGCGCAAAAGGUGGUGACUCCGCAAAUAGUAGCGACAUAGCAAAUGGUACUAUAGUGGGAAAUGUCUUUUUUUAUAACCAUGUGAUGGGAUUAUGUUUUUUAAUCAAAAAGCGGAUAGCCCUUGUAAGUGGCGACAUUUAUUCUGCUGCUUCCAAUGUGUAUAUUAAAAACAAAGUUGGUGAAGAGCACCACCGAGUUUGUCUUUUCCCAUUUAAUUAUCACAGCAAAGCAUUUUAG